AUGGCUGCAACUAGUACUUCAACACAGGUUUUCAAAGACAGCAACGAUGGAAACACAGAAGCUACAAGACAGGAAAUUAAGGCUGCCAUAGCCAAAGCAGUGGAGUUAAGAGCUCUUCAUGCUGCUUUAGUGCGAGGGAAUAGCUCUACUAAUGCUAAAUUUCCAUCUCCUUCCUCUGUUCCACGCUCUGUUUCUCAGUUCUCUGCUCAUGAUUACCCUGUUUUCACACCUAGCUAUGAAGAUGACCCGAUUGUAUUGUACAAUCAAAACCACAUGAAAGGUCUAGCAAUAUCAGAAAGUUGGGAUGGAGAAUCAGGAAACAGCAUAGAAACCAUUGAGAAACCAAGUUCAAGAAAAGGGAUACUACUACCUUGUGGUUAUACCAAUUCAGAAUCUCACAUUUGUCCUGCUGAUGACACCAAAUCUGUAACUGGCUCUUGUGCAAAUCACAUCACUGUUCUUCAAACAUCACCUACGAGGAGAAACAGUUUAGAGGAUUAUAAAUCGGUGUCCUCCUGCAAUAAAUGUAACCCUGCAAUCAUAACAAGCGAGUUAGAGAGUGCAAGGAACAGCAAGAGCUCCAAUGUUGUUGUUUCGGUUGCAGAAUCCCACUCGUCAUUUCAUUCCGAAACCAAAAGCAAAGGUGUGAUUUCGUGGCUGUUUCCUCGGCUAAAGAGGAAGCAUAAGAAUGAGAAUUCUCCGAAUAGAGCAGAAUCUGAGGAUGUUUCUCAGGUUUUAAAGGACAUAGGAAUAAAGUCAAUUGAGGCAUUGAAGAAAGAGCUGAUGGAAGCGAACGGGAAUAGAGAUGUGGCUCUAAUGGAAGUUUCUGAAAUGAGAACAUCGUUGGGGGAGCUGAGACAGAAGAUGGAGUACUUGGAGAGUUACUGCGAAGAACUGAAGAAAGCUUUGAAACAAUCCAUGCAGAUGCAGGCAAAGGAUUCUGAACAGGUUAAGCUUAGUAAUCUUCAUCUGAGAGGAAAAUCAAUUGAUGGAAAUGUUGAAAAUUCAAUGCCUGUGAAUGAGGAAGUAAUGAUAGAGGGAUUCUUGCAGAUAGUAUCAGAGUCAAGGUUAUCAGUAAAACAGUUCUGUAAGACACUUAUAAACAACAUCGAAGAAAAUGAUAAUUCUAUGACAGAAAAAUUGAACUCGCUUCUUCAACCAUAUAAGCUGUCACUAAAUUCCAAGUACUCAAAAGCAGUUCUAUACCAUUUCGAAGCUUUCAUAAAUCAGUCUCUCUACCAAGACUUUGAGAAUUGUGCUUUCCAGCAGAACGGUUGUCCGAAAUUCAUAGACCAGCAUGAAGAUUGUAAAGCGAAAUUCUUGUCAUUCGUUGCCCUUAGAAAUUUGAGCUGGAAUGAGGUACUGAGAAAGGGAACAAAAUAUUACAGUGAAGAAUUUAGCAAAUUUUGUGAUCAGAAAAUGAGUUGUAUUACCAGUACUCUAAAUUGUACCAGGCCUUGGCCUGAGAAACUCCUUCAAGCUUUCUUUGUGACUGCAAAAUGCAUGUGGCUGCUACAUUUGCUUGCCUUUUCUUUCAACCCGCCACUGGGAGUUUUAAGAGUUGAAGAGAAUAGAAACUUUGAUCCUCGCUACAUGGAAGAUAUGUGUUCAAGGUCACAGGGUCCAAGCAAAGUUAAGAUCAUGGUUAUGCCAGGGUUUUAUGUUAAAGAUAGGGUCUUGAGGUGUAAGGUUCUUUGUAGGUACAAAUCCACACCCUAA